AGGAGCAGGCCAAGAGAGCUACGUAUUUACCAAAACUUCAUGAAGCAAAGAUGGAAAAAAGGUGGCUCCUCUCCCUCUUUUGUUUGCUCUCGGCGCCCAGCAUUACAGGCCAGGCUCCGGACGUCGUUAAACAAACAGAAGUGGUCCACGCUUUGCCGGGUACUGAUGUGACCCUGACUUGUACCUUCCCAAAACCACACACCGCCCACAUUAUACAGACACAGUGGUCCAAGACUGAUGACAACCAGCUGAACAAAAUAGCUGUUUAUCACCCUGCUUAUGGCACCCAUUACUUCGAAAUUCCUGGAGCUUCCUACAGCUUUUCGGUGUCCUUCAGCACGAGAAAUUGCUGUGACUGGAAUGCUGCAGAGGCUUUCUGUUCCCCCAAUCCAAACGCCACAUUUGAGUGCAAUCAGUGGACUCUGUAUCUGAAAAAUGUUACCCUCUCCCUUAACGGGAAGUACGAGUGCAGUUUUGCUACUUACCCGUAUGGGACAAAGGCUGCAACUAUUCAACUUGUUGUCAAGGCAGAAGAGGAGCAGCAUUACGUGAAGGAAGUGCGGUUAAACCAGACUUUAGAAAUUCCAUGCCUCGAGGACCUGACCUCAGAAAAUUUGUCCAAUUAUCCUUUGAAAUGGCUAGUGGUGGAAAAGGGCAGGAAAGAGGAACUUGUGACCAAGGAGCCUUCCAGCCCUGCAGUGUACAGGAACAGCAGUGCCCUGGACAGGCAAAGAGUCCACCUGGGUUUGAAUAACUCUCUAAAGAUUUUCCCCACCAAAAUCAUGGACGAUGGCAGGGUGUUUUCCUGCCAUGUGGUGUACCACCCAGAAAGAGUCCGGAAGAGCAGCACCACCGUGAGAGUAUUCGCCUACCCUGAGAUCUCCAUUAGCCUGCGGAAGGGCUCAGCUGGCACCUCGCAGAAGCCUAAUGUGAGCUGCAUCGUGAGGAAAGCAUUUCCCAAGCCAAGCCUCCAGUGGUACGUGGACAGAGUGAGCCUGAUGGAGCAGCCUGGAGAUAUUCCUGUUGAACAAGAUGACUUGCAAGAUAGUGAAGGUUUCUAUCAUCUGAGAUCAACGCUGCUGUUGCAAGGGAGCCACCAGACACAUAAGACGUUCUCGUGUGCAUGUCUGUUUUCCUUCCUCAGGAAUGAAACAUGGAAUAUUUCAUCAGAAGAAAUAUUUGUUUCCUUCGACAAUAAGUCUAAUGAAGCCUCAUCCAAAGCUUUUACAACCAUAGCAUCAGAAGACCUUGGAAAUGCAGCACUUCCAUCAGCUGUCAUGACUACCUCAGAGCACCAGUCGAUGUCUUUGGCUUCUCUAGAUUUCACAAGUCAAGCAAGCUCAGCUCCUGCUUCCACAACACAAGGAGUGCUGUUUUCUACCAGAGAGACCAAAAGCUAUGCCAGCACUACAGCAGUCAGGGGGAGUUUGACAACAGCAUAUUUGAAUGAUUCCACCACCGAAUCCCCUCAAAGCCUCAGGAAUGCCACGCGCUCCUCUGAGAAUACAACCCUGGUGCAUCGUAACCUGUCCUUCAGCAUCACAGACCAGCCAAUAUCAGUUACCAGAGGGAACGUUUUCUUUACUACCAGCAGUCUGCUCAAUAGUACUGGUGGCACGAAGAACACAAAAGCCAGUCGCUUCCCUUGGCCGACAGUGGUAGCCGUCCUGCUCCUCUUCUGCAGUUUACUAAUAGCUUUAGGCAUCAGGAAAUGGUGUCAGUACCAGAAAGAGAUUAUGAACAGACCUCCAUCUUUCAAGCCACCACCACCCCCGAUAAAGUACGCCUCCAUGGUGGAGUCUGAUGGGACCCCCCCGUCCUGCCACGAACUGGAGAACCUGUAACAGCUUACACCCCUUGUGCAGCGCGCAGAAGACUGACACCGUUAAAAGGCUCUGUGUUUGAAACCGUGAUUACAGAAGUUUGGUGUUAAUGACCCAUAUUAAAUUCAGAGAGCCUAAAAUGACAUUAAUGUUGGAAGCUGAGCACUCCUGAGGACAUUUACUUCAUCCUGUCUGUCUCUAUGUAUGCAUUACGCUAACACCAUUGUGAGUGUCACCAGGAGAUUACACGUACUUAAUUUGAAUGGGGUGAUCAACUGGGAAUUUGCUGUCUUGUUAAUGGGAGCAGAUUAACACAUCACUCCGCCAGCCUGCCUGAAGAGUGUUGAAGCUUUUUGUUUUACUGAGUGUAUAGAGAGGACUGCUCUGCCGUAUGGAUGCCACAAUUACACGGGAAAGGUUCACUUAAUGUAAGGUUUUUCAUACCUGCAGGAGCCGUUCUUACAACGAAUAUUUUUUACUAUACACAUCUUGACUAAUAUGACCCAAUAUGUAAUUUCCUAUCACUGUGACACCAAACAAAAUUUAUCAGCACCUUACACAGAAGAAAAUACCCUGCAUCUGUCAUCACCGGGGUUGCAGCACAGGAUCACGGGGAGGGGCUGGUAAGAUGAAAGGGCACAGUGUGGGCCUGGUGGAUGUGUUCAUGAAGAAAAUUCAGUUGCCGUUGGCGAAGUCACGGGAACAAGUCAACUUUGGAUUCAUGUACAAACCGCCUGAGGACCAGAGACUUAAGGACUGAAGUGAAUAAAGACCCUAAAGAUAAUGGAAAAUGCCAGUCCUUUUGGAAGCGCCUUUGAAACAAUAAUUACUGCUUAGGCAGGUCAGCAGCUGUGUGGUCACUAAUACAAGGCACGAGAGCUGCAGCAGGAGCACGGCUUUUGGCAGCAGUGUGGUCUUAUUUUACCUUCAGCCAGCCAAGAAACUGUCCCUCCACGCUUGUUUGAAAAUGUAUUGUUACCACAACGGUAUUUCUGUAAUUAGUGGAAAUCAACUAAAAUUCAAUCAUGUCAAGCUUAAAAUUGGUAUUCUGAUUUAGGAAUGGGAUUUGCUUUACUUAUUGCUAAACACUGGUCGAUGGGUAUCAGGGUUCAGAGCACUCUAUUUCCUAGGAGUUUGC